UUGCGCACAUCGACGUUGAUUAUGUAGCAACACGCAAAAAGCAACAAGUCCAAUCCACUUUGUUGCAUCACUCACGCUAAGGACCAAAAGAGACAAACGCGCAGUUCUUGAGCGCAUUUUGAACUGGGGGCUCUCUUUCUGCAGUCUCUCUUUCUCUCGGUUCAUCCGCCGUUCCCCCGCGUCUUGUUGCUUACUCACCCAGUUUGCCAGCGUCGUUGCUCCUGAAACACGGGCGGGCCUGACAGCACCAGCAGCGCACGCAGCAACCAGCCACUUUGUGCAGGAAAAUGUCGUCGCUGUCUUCGCUGCAGCUUGGGCGGUUUCCAUCCGUCUCGGUGACUGCGACAUCAACGCCCGCCGCCGCGUCUGCCCCAUCGCCUGUCGUCUCGUCAUCGUCGUCAUCGUCGUCGGCGGGUGGACCGGGACCUGCGCCAACCUCGUCGUUGCCGCCAGUGCCGCCAAAGUCUCGCACGCUCCCUCCACCGCCGCAAGCACCCAACUCGUCCAAUCCCAAGCCGCUCCCCGACCUGCCCACGCUCACCAGCACCACCAGCACCACCACCACCACCACAGCACCGUUGCCAUUGGCGUCCACAGCCGAGACGGCGACCGAUGCUGCGCCGACCACCGCGACAGGCGCAGAGGGCGCUUCCGUUGGAGCAGCAGCAGCAGCAGCAGCAGCGGAUCUCCCGCUCAAGAAGGUGUCUGCCGCGCUGCUCAAGCGAGGCGACAUGGGCCUCAACUGGAAGGUCCGAUGGUGCAUGCUCAUCGACGAGGAGAUUAUCUACUACAAGUGCGACAAGGAGGACCAAGCUAUGGGACUACCGGACGGCAUUGUCCCGCUGCGCAACUCGCAAAUAGCCCUGCAUGACACCCGAAAGCAAAAGAACAUCUUCUCCAUCACCACGGAGGACAAGGUCAACCACGUCUUCCGCGCUGAGACUGGCAAGGAAUUUUCCAUGUGGAUUAGCGAGAUUAUGCAGACGAUUGCCAAGUGCUCGGACAAAUCCGCCCUCGGAGCGCGGCAGCCCAGCUCGAUCGACUUGUCCGUGUUCGACGACGACGCACCGGUUGAAAACGGCGAUGGCAGCCAACAAGGCCAGGUCGCUUGGAGCAGCUGGCUGGCAGAUCGCGGCUAUGCAGGGGAUGGAGCCGCGCCGGCGCCCGCUUCCGCAGCGUCUGCUACCUCCCCGCCCGCUGCUGCUGCUUCUCCCGCUUCGACGGCCUCAGCACCGACUCCAGCAGCACCUGGCUCACCAUCAUCACCUUCAUCGUCUUCGUCUUCGUCGUCCAUGUCGUUUGCGUCAACGACAGCGUCCAUCAUGACUGCUCGUAAAGGCAUGCUGAACUCGCUUAAAACUCUGCGACAGGGCGUUCUCAACAUGUCCAACAAAUCCGCCAGUGGUGGCAGCGUCGCGAACAGUGCGAGCAGCAGCAGCAGCACUGGCAACUCAAACAGCCUCAACACCAGCGUGGACGAGCUGCCGCAGACGCCAGCAGCGUCCUUGGGCAGCUCAUCGCAGUUUACGAGUAUGGUUGACUUGAGUGAGCUCAUGAGUGACGGCAAGAGCGAAUUAAAGACACCACCGGUCAAGGUCAAUCGUGUUGCAGUCAAGGAGCAGCUCAAGGGCUCUGAAAAACAAGCGAUUGAAGUCCUGACUGCUGUUGCAUCGGCGGUGAAUGCGCACGACGCAGAGGCGUUCUUGUCGGCCGCGUCUGGCGUGCUCGACUCUGUGAGCCAGCUGGUAAACCAGUCAUCCACGCUCUGCAACGACGCGGACGCCGAGUUCCGCGGCAAGCUAAGCGAAAUUCACGAGCGCAUGCACAAGGCAGUGUCGAACAUGGUUCGACAUGCAGACACGAUUCUAGAUGACGACGAUAGCGACAGUGUGGCGCUACUUGCGAUGCGUGCUGCAUCUACCGCCCUCGUGCAUGCCUUCCUCGAGCUGCGACACAUUGUCCACAGCCGCCCUGACGAAGUGGAAGAAGAACUGCCCGCCGAAGAGGUUGCCGAGCAGCCACCAAAGUCGCCUCGAUCAUCUGGCAAUUUGUCUUCCGAGUUUACCCUCCUUUCCGGCUUUUCGUCCGUGUCUCGUUCGCUUCCCACGUCCCAAUCGUCCUCCAAUCUUGUACCACCGACAUCAGCACCACCGACCUCUGCGCCGACUGCGACUGCGACUGCGACUGCGACUGCAGAACCUGCAAAUCCCAACAGUGCACAUGCUUCUCCGCCUGCUAGCUUGUCGUCGGCGACCGCACCCCCAGCCGCCGUGUCCUCGACAGGCGCCCCACAAUCCCUCCUGCCGAAGCGAACGCGGCCCAGCCUCAACGCUCUGCCGCCUCCGCCUCGGUCUGGCAGCAGCGCCUCGCUGGGCAUCAUCACUCCCAUGGCUUCGCGUCCUGCCAGCACGAUGGUGCGUGGCGAUGGCAACGAGCACCAACAUGGGUCUGCGGAUGCUCCAGCAACCCCAACCGCCAAUGCUGUCGAAAAGCCGCUCCUGCCCGUCCCUUCGCCCCGAUCCCGCACGACGUCUUCCACAUCCAACCAUUCGCAAGGUUCGAGCGGCAGCAGCAACGGCAGCAUGGAGGAUUUGCGCAGCCCGACCUCUCCCACCUCCCAGCCCCAUGGCGAGGGAUCGCUCAUCGCUCCACCCAUGCGUCGAAAGCGCUCGGUGCAAAUCCCGACCGUUAGCGAAGAGGCCAGCGAGGGACCUCCUCCACCGACUCCCCAGCCGACUCCUACUCCUCAGCCGCCGCCACGGCACUCGAUUUUCCAUGACGAUGAGUCGCGUCGCCGUGCGCAGUCCGAGAGUGUUGCUCCAGUGGCUGCGCCCCGCAAAAAGGUAUCCAUGACCACCACUGCAAGCGCGCCCUCAUUGCUGAAUACUCCUGCAUCUGCCGUGCAGUCACGUCGCGAGAGCAAUUCCAGCGUCAACAGCCACAACACAGACGAGGACGAUCCGCAGAACGGCAUCAUCUUUACCGACGACGAUGGUGUUCGAAGGGUGAAGGCCGGCUCUGUUGACGCGCUGAUUUUGUACAUGACGAUUGCAACAGAUCCGAUGUACAUGAAGACCUUCCUGAUGACAUACCGUUCGUUCAUCACGCCGGAAGUUCUCCUCCAGAAGCUGAUCGACCGGCAUCGUGUGCCUGCCACAGCCUCCAACCGACAGGCCAUGCAACUCCGGCUCGUCAGUGUCAUCAAAAAGUUUAUCGACGGCCAUUGGGAUGACUUUAGCGAGAUGAUGAUGCAGAGUGUGAGCGAGUUUUCCUAUCGCCUGAUUGAAGAGGGCUACUUGAACCACGCCAAGCAAAUCCGGCUCGUUCUCACGCGGAAGAAACAAGCGGCUCGGCUCAAGCUGAACAAGCAGCGCCCGAAGCCCCCUGCGCCACAAAUGCCGCUCAACAACAAGCCUUGGUCGCUGUUUGAUGUCUCGUCGGACGAGCUGGCUCGGCAAAUCACAAUGAUGGACUGGCAAGUGUACGAGCUGAUCCAGGUCAGCGAGUUGCUCGUGUGGACCAAGCAGCAAUCGCCUGUCAACUCUCCGAACGUGUUUUCGAUGAUUCAGCGGUUUAACAAGCUUGCCAUGUGGGCUUGCACAUUUGUGCUUUCUUUUGAAACGCUGGCCGAUCGUGUCAAAGCCAUGAUGAAACUGCUUGAUAUGGGCAAGAGUCUCAAAAAUCUGCACAACUGCAACUCGUUGAUGGCCAUCCUUUCUGGCUUGAACAACGCCUCCAUCAGUCGUCUCAAGUACACGCGUGCAGAGCUGCCAAAGCACGCCAAGGACAACAGCCAGAUGCUCAACAACUUGAUGGACUUUAGCAAGUCGUAUGCCAACUACCGCGUCUUCCUCCACGGCGUCAACCCUCCCUGCAUCCCCUAUCUUGGUGUCUAUUUGUCUGACUUGACCUUUAUCAAUGACGGAAACCCCGAUUUGAUCGAGGGCCGUCUGAUUCACUUUACCAAGCGCCGCUUUGUGUACAAUGUCUUGGCCGAGAUCCAGCAGUACCAGCAGCAAGAAUACAACUUCCAGCUCGUUCCUGACAUUAUCAAGCUGUUCAACAACUUUGAGCACAAGGACGAGAAGGACUUGUACGAAAUUUCUCUUCGGCUGGAGCCUCGCAACUAUACGCGAGAGCAGAUUGCUUGAAGCAACUAGCCGCGCGCCUUAUUCCUGUUUAUCUGUUUGCCAUGUUUUUUUUUUUUUGCAUUUAUCCUUGAAUCCCGUAUUGUUGAUAUCCCACCACCUCCCACUUCCGAGUCAUUCUUAUUCAUCUACUCGCCCCCCCCCUCUUCUUCUGCCAUGGUUGUUUGUGUCUGGGUUGUUUGUCAUGAUAUAUCGUCGCCCCUCAGAAAAUAGCAUUUUACACUUUUUUGCUCUUUUGCUCGCCAUCUC